AUUCAGAAGCGGACCGAAAUGAGUCCGUGAUGAUGAGAGGCUGCGCGUUGAAUCAGCUACUAGACGAUUACAGAGAUUGCCAUCACGCCAACAUCACACCGUCCAACAAGCCCUGUCUCAUAGCCUCACGCUGACGAACGCACCGCUCACGGUAAUGUAAUUUUACAAUCUAUUCCAUCACAACCACGACUUCUCACACUCACGUCAAUAAGUUUAAGAACAACAACUCAAAGCCCCUGCAUCUAUCUUUCUUCAACACAUAUUCUCCUUGGUCAACAUCAUGGCCGCAAUGCAACGCUCAAGGUCUGGUACGAUCCCAUCAAUGAUGACCACAGGUCACGCAUUCAAAGAUAACACUGUCAUCGUUGUCUUUGGUGCCUCCGGUGACCUGGCAAAGAAGAAGACGUACCCAGCCUUGUUUGGUCUCUACCGCAACGGUUAUCUCCCUAAAGAUGUUCAUAUCGUCGGCUAUGCACGCACAAAGAUGGACGAAGAAGAGUAUCACAAACGCACCACCAGUUACAUCAAGAACCCUAACAAUGACCCCGAAAUCGCUGCUAAAAUUCAAGAGUUCAAGAACAUCUCCUCCUAUGUUUCUGGUGGCUAUGAUGAUAGCCCAUCUUUCCAAAAUUUGGCAAAACACAUGGAGGCAAUUGAAAAGAAAUACCCAAGUCGCGAAGUCAACCGCCUCUUUUACCUUGCCCUCCCGCCGUCCGUGUUUGUUCCUGUCGCAAAACAUGUCAAGGAAAGCUGCUACGCCGUUACUGGAACAAACCGCAUUAUCGUCGAGAAGCCUUUUGGCAAGGAUCUCGAAUCCUGUCGGGAGCUCCUAUCGUCACUCAAGCUUUCAUGGAAAGAGGAGGAAACCUACCGCAUUGACCAUUAUCUCGGCAAGGAGAUGGUCAAGAAUUUGUUGGUCCUCCGUUUCGCCAACGUCGCCAUGGGCGCUGCGUGGGACAAGCAUUCGAUCAGCAACGUCCAGAUCAGUUUCAAGGAGCCCUUUGGCACAGAGGGUCGUGGCGGUUAUUUUGACGAAUUUGGCAUCAUCCGUGACAUUUUGCAAAACCACUUGCUGCAGGUCCUGAGUAUCUUGACCAUGGAACGACCGGUCUCGUUCGCGUCAGAGGACAUUCGGGACGAGAAGGUCAAAGUGCUUCGUGCCAUCCCACCUAUUGAGCGGAAGGAUGUGCUUCUAGGCCAGUAUGUCGGAGCCAAUGGGAAGCCGGGCUAUCUGGAUGACGACACUGUGCCGAAAGAUUCUGUCUGCCCAACGUUUGCUGCUACCACGCUCUGGAUUAACAAUGAGCGAUGGGAAGGUGUUCCGUUCAUUUUGAAGGCAGGAAAGGCCUUGAAUGAGGCAAAGGUUGAAGUUCGCAUCCAAUUCAGGGACGUGGCACAGGGAAUUUUCAACGAUAUUUCACGCAACGAACUUGUUAUCCGCAUUCAGCCAUCGGAGGCCGUUUACCUGAAACUGAACGCUAAGACGCCUGGAUAUGCGUUCCGCGCAAUGCCGACUGAGAUGGACCUUACAUACAAGAGGCGGUUCACGGAUACAAAAAUCCCGGAGGCAUAUGAGGCACUCAUCCUGGAUGCGAUCAAAGGGGACCACUCGAACUUUGUCCGAGAUGACGAACUGGAUGUUGCAUGGAAGAUUUUCACCCCCAUCCUGCAUUGGAUAGAUGGGAAAGAAGGACCGCGCCCUAAGCCCUCACCCUACCCCUAUGGCUCUCGGGGACCUAAGGAACUUGAUAGCUUCAUUGAGAAGUUGGGUUACAGGCCCACAGCAGGGGACUACAGUUGGCCUCAGACGAACAUGUCAGCUUUGUGAAUGGGGUUGUAGUAUUAGAAUCAUUUUUAUUGUUCGUUUGCACGAGGUUCUGGUGCGGUGUAUGAAAAGUGUUAUACUUGACUUGCAUGUGUCUUCAUGAUUUUGGAAAUCGGUAGUCAUCCAUAUGCAAAGUUGUGGCGGUUCCGGUCAAGACAGGAGGUUUAUGCAAAGGUCGUCAUUGGAAGGGCCAAAAUCGGCGAUCUGUUGCAGUAUUAGCUGAAUCAUUAAAUCAAGUAACGUUUAAAUAGGG